AUGUCGACCGACAGCUCGUCUAGCCCGUCAAAUUGGGUUACGGGUAGUUACACGGGUAACAGCGAUGGCCUUCGCAUUACGAUCACCACCUUCGUGGUGAUCGCCUGGUAUAACUCCAUUGAGUUAAUGGUGCUCAUCUUCUCGAUCUUCAAGCAGUAUAAAGGGAUUUACUUUUGGAGUUUGCUGAUUUCGACCGCGGGGAUCCUCCCCUACUCGAUCGGCUUUUUCAUGAAAUUUUUCGAUCUGACGUCAGCCAUCUGGGUCUCCUUGACGCUUGUCACCGUUGGGUGGUGGACCAUGGUGACCGGGCAGUCAUUCGUACUUUACUCAAGGCUACAUCUGGUCGUUCAAAAUACAAGGGUGUUGAAUUUCGUCUGUGGCAUGAUCAUUGCCAACAUCUUUCUCCUCCAUGUCCCGACCACCGUACUGACCUAUGCCGCCAAUUACAUGCAGUCCUACAGGUACCUGCAUGCGUAUAAUAUCAUGGAGAGAGUCCAAGUGGCGGGGUUCUGCGCCCAAGAACUCAUCAUCUCGGGUAUCUACAUAUGGGAAACGACCCGCAUGCUGAAAUUGAACCCCAACCGAGACAACCGUAACAUCAUCUUGCAGUUAUUCAUGAUGAACCUGGUCUGCAUCCUGAUGGACAUUGCUCUGAUCGCAGUAGAAUGCGCGAACUACUACAUAUACCAGACCACGCUGAAAGCGACUGUGUACAGUAUUAAGCUCAAGAUCGAAUACGGAGUCUUGAACAAGUUGAUCUACAUUGCGAAGCAAUCUGCGGGAAGGCCAGCAGAAGAUCCCUAUAUUGAAUUGAGCCGACUCAGCCCCAAUGCCAACUCCGAUACUACGCGCACAACAACGCAAUCUAAGCCGCAUCGCUCCAGCAUAGAAGAUAUCAGCUUCCGCCUACGUUCACUUGUAGCGUCACCGCACUGCCGCCAAGACCGGUGA